AUGGCGCGCGAGGCGAGGCCUCGAUUCGUUCGUCGAGGCGAGGGCGAGGAGGGGGCGGAUCAGAGGACGAAGAACGACGCGCUGCGAUUCGCGAAUAAAGCGCUCAGGAGCGAAAGCGCCAUGGUGGACGGACGACUGUUGGCGGAUUUCGAAGCCGUGCUCUCGGGAAACGCGAUCUAUCUGCCGAGCUUUCACUGCGGAUCCAAGGAUUACGCCGUCCUGGCGAGCUUAGCGGCGGAGAUGGAGCGAGCGGCGGAGAGCGGAGGGAUGGUGAACUGGAGUAAACAUCUCAAGCACGAAAAUCCAGAGUUUUCGGAGACCUUUCACAGGGUCGUGAAAGAGAUGGCGGAUUAUUUCGACGUCGAGGUGUAUGCGACGAGGAUGAACUUUUACCGCGACGGCACUGAUUGGAAGCCGUUUCAUCACGACAGCCAUGCCUACGGGGGGCGCGCGCAGCGAGAAGAUUUCACCAUGGGGGCAUCGUUCGGCGGAUCGCGCGAAUUGAUCUUCUUACACGAGCCUAGCGGUAACACGUUCACGUUUCCACAAAAUAAUGGCGACGUCUUCGCGUUCACUUCCGAGGUGAACAAGCGCUUCAAGCACGGCGUGCCCAAGGCGAAGUCAAACAAUGACCCUCGGUUUUCUAUCAUCGCGUGGGGUAGAAGGCGAACCAUCAACAGUCGAAAUGGGGCCGGUCAGGUAACGGAAUCGACGGGGCGCGAGACAGCCAGCAACGAGUCGAGCGAAAAGUCUGAUCAAACGAAAGCAAGCACUGAGGCAACCAAAUCACACAACGAACUCGUCACUGGAAACGGAGAAGUCUCUCAGCUCAUUCGUAAGUUCUUUGAAAAGCAGGAGAGUCUGGAUUCGAACGAUCGUCGGGUAUCUAAACGUGGGGCUGGACCGCUCAAAGGGAAAGCGCCCGAGACGAGCGCGAAACUGGCUCUCGAAGUGAUUCACAAGAUUGGAGAACGCACGUAUAUGGAGCUCCGAACUGCGGCGAGAGAUUUUCAGUUAGGGCACGUUCCAGUGAAGACAUUUUACGCUCGAGCGUACGAGCUUUGUGAAGGAAAGACCGAAAUAUUCAUGCAACUGGCGAACUAUUUGCCAGAAGAGACGUUGCGAGCCAGUCUCUUGCGUUUCCACGAAGAUGCUCGAGUCUUGGAUGAACCAUUCUAG